CUCCAACAGCCUAUGAUGAAGGCGCUGACAGUAUUAUCACUUCAUGGGAUGCUGAUAGUGGCUGCUUUGUGCCAGAACGAGGAGUCUGAUCUCCGGGGAGCAGGCGCCAUGCCACCCGAGUCUGAAGAAAUAAUGCCCCCGGAUAUACAGGAUGACAAACGAUCCGAUACGGACAAAAGAUCUCAGAAUUUGGAUCUGAAAAUCAGAGCGCUUGUCAAAACUAUUCUUGAUCAACGAAGACUUGCUCAUGCUAAGAGGGGUGCUGACGACGUAGACGAGGAAGAGGAAGUAGUCGCACAGGAAAAAAGAGGUAAUAGGCGUAACAAUCAAGAACGGGGAAAUAAACAGCGGAAAGGACAACAGAAUCAGCGUCAGGAAAUUCCAGACGAGAGGAACGUGGUUGGGUCUCAGGUUACGAGUAUGAAGGCUGCGCAGAGUCUGUUCAUGAAGGGAGAGGAAACACCCAUUCAGGUAUCACAAGCUGAACGAGACGACACGGUAGAUGUGCACCAGAGGUUAAGGAAGAUGGAGCACGGCACAGAUAUCUGGAAAAUAGACUGGGACGACUCCCUCGCUCGUCUCGGACAAGCAUUGGCUGACAAGUGCGUCUUCAAGCAUACAAAUCUCUAUUUUGCUAAUGGCACCAGAGUCGGUCAGAACCUUGCCAUCGUGAAGGGGAGUAACCACUCUAUAGAAAAGGUCGCUCAGUUGUUUUACAACGAAAAGGGAGACUAUGACAUGGUCGGUCAUUCGUGGGUGGACUACGACCUCGUGGGACACUACCUUCAGGUAGUGUACUGGGAUACAGUUAAAGUGGGAUGUGGUCUCAACUUUUGUCCAACUCUAUACCUGCCAGACACUGGUGCUGUUUGGAACAACGCGUGGUACUGGGCCUGUGAUUACUGGCCGCCUCUCCAUACCAACACUCGUCCCUACCAUGUUGGAGACCCGUGCUCUGAAUGUGUCGUCCCCGUUGGCAAGGGCUUCGGCUGGAAGUGCGAAGAAAACAUUUGUGAGGAUUGUACCAUCGGAGAUGCCGGAUGCAACGAGGCAGGACCGUGUACCAGCUUCGACCCUGACGUCAAGAGCAAGGCCAUCUGUGACAAGGUGCAAAAACACAAGUACUGUGAGAAAGGGUCGCCAGGGUACAAGUUUGCCAAGUUGUACUGCAAAACUACGUGUCAGUUUUGUCGAGGUAUCCCUGAGUCAAUGGACAACACAAAAUGAUACAGAAGUACAUUAACUACCUGACGCUCACUGGACUAUGACGUCACGCGCACUGAAAUCACAGACUUUACGCUAUUUUUUUCAUGCACCAUUGAUAUAUAAAGUGUUAUUUUCCUUAAUUGGAUGGCAAAAAGAAUAAAGCCAAAUAUAAAAAAGCAUACAUUAAUAUGUAGAUUGUUAAUCGACUCCUGUGCCGGAAACUGACAUUUCGUGCUCCUUACAGCCGCCCUUCGAAUGGAAAUCAGUAGAAUUGUGUCAUUUAGAAUAUAGGAUAAACCGGUCAAAUAAAAUAUAACUAUGCAAUAUG